AUGUACGGUCCGCCAGGGUUUGACGUCCCCGUCCUCUCCUCCCGGCUAGAAUACCCGGAUGUACCUGGUGUUGGCAGCAGCCAGUGCUUCAUGCAGCAGGAAACGGGUGUUUUUAACCGUAAAACUCGGAAUAUAAACACGCAGCCGCGCCGACAGUUUGCCGGACGUCCUGCUUCCGCCUCAGAGGUGUAGCAACAUAUAAAAGACGGUCUGCGCUGGGCUGCUGAGAGGAGGAGCGCCGGCAGGAUGAGCGGAGCCGCUCUGGGCAUCGAGAUCGUGGUGGUGUUCUUCCUGGCGCUGUUCCUGCUGCACCGCUAUGGAGACUUCAGGAAGCAGCAGCGCAUGGUGCUGUUCGGCACGCUGCUGGCCUGGUACUUGUGCUUCCUCAUCGUCUUCAUCUUGCCUCUGGACGUCAGCACGACCAUCUACAAGCAGUGCAGGAUCGACCACGAGGACCACGCCUCCGCUCCCACCGCCGGCCCCGUUCCGUCCAAUCACACGCCGGCUAACGCGUCCGCCACGCCCACCAAGAGGAGCUUGCUGAAGCCCUGCUACAAGCCGUGGAGCUACAUCCCAGAUGGCAUCAUGCCCGUCUUCUGGAGGGUUGUGUACUGGACGUCCCAGUGCCUCACCUGGCUGCUGCUUCCCUUCAUGCAGUCCUACGCUCGCUCCGGAGGCUUUUCCAUCACCGGGAAGAUUAAAACGGCUUUGAUAGAGAACGCCAUCUAUUACGGGACCUACCUGCUGAUCUUCGGCUCGCUGCUCAUCUACGUGGCUGUUCACCCAGAGUGGCACCUGUCCUGGUACGAGCUGCAGACCAUCGGGAUCACGGCGGCCAACACCUGGGGCCUGUUCCUGCUGGUACUGCUUCUGGGCUACGGCCUGGUGGAGAUCCCCCGGUCCUACUGGGAUGCCUCGCGUCACGGACACCUGCUCGUCAAGACCUACUUCAAGGCCUCCAAGUUGAUGACGGAGAAGGCGGAUGCGGAGGAGAACCUGGAGGACGUCAUGGAGGAGGUGAGGAAAGUCAGCGAAUCCAUCAAGUACAACCAUCCGCUGAGGAAGUACGUCGACACGAUUCUCAGAAAGUGUCCGGUGGACUACCAGGAGAAGAUGGGCCGCAACAUGGACGACUACGAGGACUUUGACGACAAGCAGAACUCUUAUCCCAGCGAGAAGAGUCUGGUGAAGCUCCACAAACAGGUGAUCUAUGCGGUCCAGAGACACAACAGGACUCGUGUCCAGUGGCAGAUCCUCUUGCAGCAGGCCAUCCACCUGGAGGACGUAGCCAAGAACGAGACCAGUACAACCCACCAGUUCGUCCACAGCUUCCCGUCCUCUGAGCCAGCCAGCUGGUUCAGCAGAUACGUGUACACACCGACUGUAGAGUGGUUCUGGGAAUGUCUCCUGAAGUGCUGGUUCUUCCGGCUCCUGUCGGUGGUCCUGACCCUGUUCAGCGUGGCCGUGGUCUGGUCCGAGUGCACCUUCUUCAGCACGCGGCCGGUCCUCUCCCUGUUCGCCGUGUUCAUCCAGCUGGCCGAGAGGGACUAUAACUACCUGUACAUCGAGGUGGCGUGCUUUGUCACCAUCUUCUUCCUGUGCACCUGCGUCUACUCCACCGUGUUCCGCAUCCGGGUCUUCAACUACUACUACCUGGCCUCCCACCACCAGACCGAUGCCUACAGCCUCCAGUUCAGCGGCAUGUUGUUCUGCCGCCUGACGCCUCCUCUGUGUCUCAACUUCCUGGGUUUGAUCCACAUGGACUCGGCCAUCUCCCACCAGCAGAAGGAGCAGACCGCGUACACCUCCAUCAUGGGAUCCAUGCGCGUCCUCUCCUUCAUCGCUAACGGCUUCUACAUCUACUACCCGAUGCUGAUCGUCAUCCUCUGCAUUGCCACCUACUUCAGUUUGGGGACUCGUUGCCUGAACCUUCUGGGCUUCCAGCAGUUUGUGGGCGACAGUGAGAUGACCUCUGACCUCAUCGACGAGGGCAAGGAGCUGAUCCGCAGAGAGAAGAGGAAGCGCCAGAGAACUGAAGAUGGAGAGAACAGACGGAGAGAGUGGAAGGAGCGCUAUGGAAACCAGAGAGAGGAACACUCAGCGAGGAACCGGACGAGUCACGAGUUGAAGGAAACCAGUUACUCUGACAGACAGGCGAAGCACUCCCGCUCCGGGCCUCGCUCAGAGAGAGACGCCAUCGAGCUGCUUCAGGACGCCGAGCCGCUGGACUUCAACGCCGAGACUCUGAGCGACGACCCUCUGGAGGCGGAGCCUGGCAGACCCGCAGGAGGACGAUAUCUGUCCAUGUCCUCGUCUCGGAGCCGGAUAUUCGACGACGUCUGAGGGCGGAGCCGUGAACAGGAAGUGAACGUAGCACAUGACCUCCCGGAUGCAUGACAAAACCAGUAACACCAGGAGCCCGAGCGGUUGAGGGUUCCCUGCCUUGCUCAAGGGCUCUUCCACUGAACAAGGCGGAGGAUUCUUCUUCCUCUGGGAGUCACAUGACCAACACAACCUCACCUGAUUGGCCAGAAGUCCGAUCGAUUCUUUUUCCUCGAUGUUAUAAGUUAGAAUUUUAGUGUAUCACACUAAUAUUGAUAUUAUAUUGAUAUCGUGAUAUUUAUUUUUAAAGGCUCCAUCUAAAGUUGAUAUAAAGUAUUUAUCUAAUAUUAUCAGUAAAAGCACCAAUAGUCUUAAUAUCCAUUUCAUGAGGUCACAAAUGAUCAACUUUAUGAAUUCAAACUGGAAUAGUUUUUUUAUUUGUGAACUCUAAUAAAUAUUUAAAUUUAGACGGAUGGUUUUCAAAGUAAAACGUCCCUCGUGAUCAUAGUUGAUUAUUAGAUGGAGUAUCGUUGCGUCAUUGUUUACCUCCAUUUUGUGUAAUUUAACUUCUCGGUAAAAUGAAGGUUGUUUUCUCCUCUUUUAGUUGAAAUGGUUCCAAAUGUGCCAUAAAAAUAUAUAAAUGUGUAAAUAUGAAAAGACAAAGAAGUGAACUUUAAAGGGUCAAACCUGUGUUUCCGUUAUUAAACCUCAUGACAGACACGUCUAUGAGCUUCAGGUGGUCCGAUCAAUAUCAGUCAGAUUAGAUCAGAUCUGAAGGAUAAAAACUGAUCAAGGAUCAAUAACGGCUGUGGCCCUUUAAGAAUCAGCAUGUAGCUGUGGAUGAAGAGAACCUGCUGGCGGGUUCCGCUGAGCUUCAGCUCCUUUAAAUACUGUUAUUGAUCAGAGGAGGCUGACCUGGGAUCAGUGUAAAUACGUCCAUGUUUUUUAUGAAGGAUUCAAGGUGACUGUAUUUAUUGGUGGCUUGUUUGUUGUGAUCACAUUCUGCUCAUGAAGUAUUUAUGUUCUGGAUAUAUUGAUUGAUCUCAGAGAAGAAAAUAACGUGUUGAUCUCUUUGUUGUAGUGAAUUAUGAAUAGAUUAUUAUUAUUAUUAUUAUUAUGUGUUGCUCUGCUGCCAGUGAUGUGUCAAUAAAAACGUGUCGCAGA